AACUGCACCGGUGACCGGUGCCGCUACAAGGAACGCACCCUCGCUGUGAACAUCACCGACUCAUCUUGUUGUUCCAGUGACAGAAUCAAGAUUUUUGAUUGAAAUGGCUCACCACAACUUUGACCGGUUCGCCGCGGGGCCUCUGUGGCACAAUGGCCCCACCCCGGGCGGUAUUUACAAUUUCCCCGGACGUCAAGUGGAGGACUCCGGCCGUUUUCAGGAGAGAUCCAAGCAACCCAUCACUACAGGCACAUCUGUAAUCGCCUUCAAGUACGACAACGGUGUGGAGAAGGGAGUUGCCAUUGCAGCUGAUAUGUUGGGAUCGUAUGGCUCUCUUGCCCGUUUCCGAGACUGCCGUCGUCUUUGCAAAGUUAAUAACCAAAUUAUCGUUGGUGCUGGUGGUGACUAUGCUGACUUCCAGUAUGUCCAGAGUAUGAUUGAACAGAAAACUAUCGAUGAUGAGUGCCUCGAUGAUGGGUUCAGCAUGAAGCCAAGGGCAAUUUACACAUGGCUGACCAAUAUACUCUAUAACAGAAGAUCAAAGAUGGAUCCUUUCUGGAACAACUUCAUUGUGGCUGGUAUGCAAGAUGGAGAGCCGUACCUAGGUUCUAUUGACAAGCUUGGUACUGCCUAUGAAGACAACAUCAUUGGAACUGGGUUGGGUAUGCAGUUGGGGGUGCCUCUGAUCAGAGAAGCCAUUGAAAGGAAACCUCUCAUGUCCAAGGCUGAAGCUCAACAGUUACUUGUGCACACUAUGGAGGUGCUGUUCUACCGUGAUGCCCGCAGUUUCCCUAAGUAUCAACUUGGCUUUAUUACUCCUGAUGGUGUGACAAUAUCAGAUCCUCUUUACCUUGAUAACCAAAAGUGGGGUUUUGCCCUCUAUAAAAAAUAAAGAUGAGGGGUGAACCUAUUUUGAGUUGGGUGUAUGAAAAUUGCGAUCAUUUCAAUUUAAGUAUGUAACUUUUCUAAAUAUAUUCCUGUUCUUAAGUAAAA